AUGUUUCGUUCCACGCGCCUAACUGCCGCCGCCUCCGCCUUUUUUAUGCCAACACUAAGCUAUCUUGGUGUUGGGGCGCUCGACGAGGCCGCUGGCAAAAUGCUGAAUCUGGGCUUCAAGAAGCCCUUACUGGUGUGUGACGUUGGCGUCGAAAAGGCGGGCAUUCUUGGCACUGUUGUGGAGACACUUGAGAAGAAGUGCCAAAUGAAGCCCGUCAUAUUUAAGGAUGUGCACCCUAACCCGACUGCUCACAACGUGGAGACCGGCUUGGAGCUGUUGAACAGGAACUCGUGUGAUUCUGUUAUUUCUCUGGGCGGAGGAUCACCACAGGAUUGCGCAAAGGGAGUUGCUCUCGUUAAAACCAAUGGUGGCUCCAUUUUUGAUUACGAGGGCCUGAAUAAGGCAGAAAAGGAUCAGUUUCCACUUGUCGCCAUCAACACAACAUCUGGCACAGCCAGCGAAAUGACACGCUUUGCGGUUAUCACAGACGAAAAGCGGCACGUAAAGAUGGUGAUUGUGACAGAGAGAAUAACUCCGCUCAUUGCCGUAAAUGAUGCUCUACUGAUGGUGGGACAGCCGCCUGCUCUUACUGCUGCCACGGGCAUGGAUGCUCUCACGCAUGCGAUUGAGGCCUAUGUGUCACUGGCCGCAUCCCCUAUUACGGAUGCUUGCGCACUGCAGGCCAUGAAACUUGUCAAGCAGCACCUCGCUAAUGCAGUGAGGAAUGGCAAGGAUCUUGUGGCGCGGGAGGGUAUGUGUUAUGCUGAAUUCAUUGCAGGAAUGGCUUUCAACAGCGCCAGUCUCGGCUACGUGCACGCCAUGGCGCACCAGCUCGGUGGCUUUUACGACCUUCCCCAUGGUGUUUGUAAUGCAAUCCUGCUUCCACACGUGCAGCAGUAUAACUCUGACGUCUGUGCACACCGUCUUCGUGAUGUUGCAGGCCAAUUGGGUGCAAUUACGACAGGCAUGGACGAUAAGGAGGCUGCGGCUGCAGCUGUUAAUGCGAUUCGUCAUCUAUCAAAGGAAGUGAACAUUCCGCUGGGGUUUAAGGAACUUGGUAUGCGUGAGGAAGAUAUUCCUGCACUGGCCACUGCAGCCUUGCAAGAUGCUUGCGCCGUUACCAACCCGCGACAGGGUAGCAAAGAAGAUGUGAUGAAUAUAUACCGUGAGGCGAUGUAG